AUGGAGUGGACUUGGUGGAAAGAUUGGUGGAGAUUGAAGAAAUGGCGACAACGUAAUUUAAACAGUAAUUUUAGUGAUGAUGAUUUUUAUGAUUUGGAUUACUGUUAUUGUGAUGAAUGUAUUGGCGAACUGUCGGACGGGUGUGACAAUGAUGACGGGUAUAUGGUCGAGGAUGACCUUGACGGCGAGGGGAAGCAAGUAUUGGUGGGAAUAUGUGCUAUGGCCAAAAAAUCACAGAGCAAACCUAUGAAGGAGAUUUUAACUAGACUUGAAGAGUUUGAAUACAUUAAAGUUAUUGUUUUUGGUGAAGAUGUAAUACUCAAGGAACCUGUUGAAGAUUGGCCUGUUGUUGACUGCUUAAUUAGCUUUCAUAGUAAAGGAUUUCCAUUAGAUAAAGCUAUUAGUUAUGCUAACUUACGUAAACCUUUUAUUAUUAAUAAUCUUCCAAUGCAAUAUGGUAUACAGGAUAGAAGACGAGUUUAUGCUAUUUUAGAAAGCGAAGGAAUUGAAAUACCUCGUUACGCCGUUUUAGAUCGUGAUUCAGCGGAUCCCAAACAUCACGAGCUAGUUGAGUCUGAAGAUCAUGUUGAAGUUAACGGCGUGACAUUCAAUAAGCCAUUUGUGGAGAAGCCAGUGUCUGCUGAAGAUCAUAAUAUUUAUAUUUAUUAUCCGACUUCUGCUGGUGGCGGCAGUCAAAGAUUGUUUCGUAAAAUUGGGAGUCGAAGCAGUGUUUACUCACCAGAAUCCCGUGUCCGUAAGACUGGUUCCUAUAUUUACGAAGACUUUAUGCCCACUGACGGUACCGACGUUAAAGUUUAUACAGUAGGACCUGAUUAUGCUCAUGCGGAGGCAAGGAAAAGCCCAGCCUUGGAUGGAAAAGUUGAAAGAGAUUCUGAGGGAAAAGAAAUACGCUAUCCGGUUAUCCUUAGCAAUGCUGAGAAAUUAAUUAGUCGAAAAGUUUGUCUUGCCUUCAAACAGACUGUUUGUGGAUUUGAUCUUCUCAGAGCCAACGGGAAAUCAUUUGUAUGUGAUGUCAACGGGUUUAGUUUUGUAAAAAAUUCAAAUAAAUAUUACGAUGACUGUGCUAAAAUAUUAGGCAACAUGAUACUACGUGAACUAGCACCAACGUUACAUAUACCGUGGAGUGUGCCUUUUCAAUUAGAUGACCCGCCAAUUGUACCAACAACAUUUGGAAAAAUGAUGGAACUGCGAUGUGUGGUAGCGGUAAUCAGACACGGUGACCGUACUCCAAAACAAAAAAUGAAAGUUGAAGUGCGGCAUCCAAAAUUUUUUGAGAUAUUCAAAAAAUACGAUGGAUAUAAACACGGUCAUGUUAAAUUAAAAAGGCCUAAACAGUUGCAAGAGAUAUUAGACACUGCGAGGAGUUUGCUGACUGAAAUUCAACACCGUGCUGCUGGGCCCGAGUUGGAAGAAAAGCAGGGAAAAUUGGAACAACUUAAAAGUGUCUUGGAAAUGUACGGGCAUUUUUCAGGAAUCAAUCGUAAAGUACAAAUGAAGUAUCAACCACGUGGUAGACCACGCGGAAGCUCGUCCGAUGACGAUCGUUUGGGUGAACCAUCACUAGUAUUGAUAUUGAAAUGGGGUGGUGAGUUGACACCAGCCGGAAGAAUUCAAGCAGAAGAAUUGGGCCGCAUUUUUCGUUGCAUGUAUCCAGGUGGUCAAGGUAGACACCUUAGUGGAGAAUAUGCAGGCGCUCAAGGUCUUGGAUUAUUGAGAUUACAUUCAACAUUCCGACAUGAUUUGAAAAUUUACGCGAGCGAUGAAGGAAGAGUUCAGAUGACUGCUGCUGCUUUCGCUAAAGGAUUGUUAGCGUUGGAGGGUGAACUCACCCCGAUUUUAGUACAAAUGGUUAAAAGUGCUAAUACUAAUGGAUUAUUGGAUAAUGAUUGUGAUAGUAGCAAGUAUCAAAAUAUGGUGAAAACAAAAUUACACGAAUUAUUACAACAAGACAGAGAAUUUACAAAAGAAGACAGAGAACAAAUAAAUCCCGGUAAUGCAAUAAGUAUUAAUGAUGCGUUAGAUUUUGUAAAGAAUCCAGUGAGAUGUUGUCAGCAUGUACAAAUGUUAAUACACAAACUGAUGGAUAUUGUACGAAUUAAAAAAGAUGAUCCCAAAACAAAAGAUGCCAUUUUAUACCAUGGAGAAACAUGGGAGCUGAUGGGCCGUCGUUGGGGCAAAAUAGAGAAAGAUUUUUGUACAAAAAACAAACGUUUUGAUAUUUCAAAAAUACCAGACAUUUACGACUGCAUAAAAUAUGACUUACAACACAACAACCAUACUCUGCAGUUCGAUCACGCCGAAGAGUUGUAUAUGUAUGCAAAGUACUUAGCAGAUAUUGUGAUACCUCAGGAGUACGGUUUAACAGUCCAAGAAAAACUUACAAUUGGGCAAGGAAUAUGUACUCCGCUCUUGCGAAAAAUCCGUGCCGAUUUGCAGCGCAAUAUUGAAGAGUCUGGUGAUGAAACUGUUAAUCGUUUGAAUCCGCGGUACUCUCAUGGAGUUUCAAGCCCCGGAAGACAUGUAAGAACACGAUUGUACUUCACGAGUGAGAGCCAUGUUCACUCUUUGUUGACUGUGUUGAGAUAUGGUGGUUUAUUGGACAUGGUUAAGGAUGAACAGUGGCGUCGUGCGAUGGAAUACGUCAGUAUGGUAUCCGAGCUUAAUUAUAUGUCGCAAAUAGUUGUGAUGCUGUACGAAGAUCCCACGAAAGAUCCAAGCAGUGAAGAAAGGUUUCAUGUUGAAUUGCAUUUCAGUCCUGGUGUUAAUUGUUGUGUACAGAAAAAUUUACCCCCUGGACCAGGAUUUAGACCACAUUCACGCAAUGAAAGUAGUCAUAAUUUGCAAGAAACAUCAUCGCAGUGUAACGCAAGAAUUGAUGAAGAAGACGAUGAGCUAGGUCCUCUGGAUGACGAUUUAGUAAGUCCACCGCCUACUUCAAGUUCAUCACCGCCAUUAAUCGAAACCGACCAACCAGAUUCUACCCUUGGAAGUCCAACAACUAGUCGCGCCAUCGAUAUGAUGGAUUUGGAUCCUAACAUGAUGGACGAACCAUUUGAUAGUGGAUUUCUUCAAAGCUCAGCGCCCAUUCCUAUUAGCGCGAGAACAGUCGCAGGACACGAAGCUGCGAGAUUGGGUAGUCAAUUAGCAGCAAGUCAACGUCAAAGACGCGAACGUGAAGCUGCUAAUAUUUGCGAACCACGAGCACGUAGUUACGAUCAUCAACGACAGGAUAAAGCUGAAAAAACGGCAGAAAAGCUGCAGUAUCAAAGUCUGGAUGCAGUUAAUCGAGAAGACGGGAACUCCCGGACAGAUUGGUCAACUCGGUCGAGAAAAAAUCGUAUUGCUACUACACCGUCAACAUACUACCAUAAAAACCCAACGCCCUCAAUAAAGCAGUCGCGAAAUUUAUUGGGAGUCCCAGUGAUAUUACCUCACACAUUAAGCUCGCCGGAUUUACCAGCUCCAUUAAAAGCCUCUCUAGAUGACCAUUCAGGACCUUUGAUAACCUUCCAUAAUACAAGUCUUGGUUCACCGAGUUCGAAAUCACCAGCAGCUAAAAUAGUUGAGGAACCAAUAAUGCAUCAACACAAACGUACUGCUAGAUCACAAUCAACGUUAGUACUUCCCCGAUUGGAUGUACCACCGGGUGAGUUGUUAAAACUUCAUCAUGAUCAUCAUGAUAAUCACCAGGACCUACAUCAGUUCCCAAGUGUUAAAAAAACAAAACGUUCGCGAUCACUAUCACCGUGUCAACUUCUACAAUGCCACUGUUACAAUUGCAAUGUCUCUGAAUUAAUUCAUCAAGAUUUAAGUCCCUCUGAGCGUAUUAACUUGCAUACAUAUUUCGAUCGUUCAUUAUCACGAAAAUUUACCAAUUGUUCGUGUUAUAAAUUAAACAAUAUUAAUCUAAAUGAUGAUGUUAAUAAUGAUGUUGAAAAAAUAAUCGCUAUUAACAGUAACAGAGCCGAAGAAAUAGAUAAUAACAAAAAAUUAAAACUAUACCGUAAAAAUUCAUUACCCGUGUCAAUAACGACCGAGUCGACUAAGCAUGUGAAUUCCAUAAACUUUAAUUGUAAAUCACUCCUGUAUGAUAAUAAUGAUUAUGAUGAAUGUUAUGAUACGAGUGUUUCAAUGGCAAAUAUUAGUGACUGCUCGCACGAUACUGUUAUUAAAAAAAAAACCACUAUUACUACUAUCACUGCUACUAUUUCAACAAAAACUAUUACUACUGGAACAACAGUAAUUAAAUCCUUGUCCAAGUUCCAAACGCAACGAUCCUUAUCGUCCCCAGACACACGACCUACGAUCAUUCAACCUAACCCUACCUGCACAGCAAGGCGCCAUCGUCACAGUAUCUCCGGGCAGAUGAGUUAUUUAAAGCUGUUGGGAUACAAUGUCAACAAAAAACUUACCGGAUCAGCUAAUAGUCUAUUCAGUACUGCGGUAAUCAGUGGUUCCUCUAGCGCGCCCAAUCUUAAAGACAUGGUACCAGCGCAUGCUUCUGCGGUGGCUGCUAUUGAAGGAUUUGGUGGAGUCCCACCUAUAAGACCACUUGAAACUUUGCACAACGCGUUGUCAUUACGACAGCUUGAUUCAUUUUUGGAAAUGAUGGCUAGCUCCUUAUUUCGUACACCCGCGUCUUCUCCGCCAAAAAUUUCGUCUCCAGGUACUCAUCCGCAUUCAUUGGUUCCUGGUCUUGCAAUCGAUGCUAUCAACAAAGAUUACCGUCCUGGAGAUUUAGAACCCGUGCGAUUUAUUAGUCCUGGUUAUAAAGGGCAAGAUAAUGAAGUAACUGAUCAUCGCAAUAUUUCAUCACCAACUAGCCCAAAUAGUUUAGGAUGGAGUAGCGGUCCUCAAUCAUUUCUAUCAUCGGAACCGUCAUCGCCAGCUCCAACUUCCGCUGGAGGAAGUAGCAUGUCUAUGAGUUUGAUCAGCAAUGACGGUCAAGGGUUUGCCGGUCCAACUUAUUCCACGACUCCAUGCAUCGAAAUGAAUUUCAAUGAUUUUUGUAGGACGAUUGAUCAGGACAAUCGUGAAGGACGCGGUAGUAUUUCUUACACUGACUAUUACAGCAACGAAGACGGUAUUAUUAGAAGAGUAACGCCUAAAGAUAAAGAUAAGGAUGAAGGCUUGCAAGAUCCAAUGGAUGAUGAGGAAGACCAUACGUUGACACUCAGGCAAAACGAAGAACAGAAAAAGCAAGAUGUCAAGUCUCUUUUUGAUCAGAAAGAGAGCUUGGUGAAACCUGGAAGUAGCUUCAAAAAAAUUGGAAGAUUUCGAGUCGAAAGCAUGGAGAUAACUGAUGAGGACGUACGAAUCAAGGAAACAGAAUCGAAGAAGCCAGAUGAAUUGAAAAAACCUAAAACAAUUUCUAAAGUAAAAAAAGGAAAAUUAAUAUCACGAUCUCAAAGUGUUUCUAAUGCACAGACUGAUAAUAUUAUGGGAAAUAUUACGGAAGUUGAUCGAGAAACAAGUCAUUAUUCAUCAACUUCAUCUAUGAAAGUCGGAUCAUUUUCAAUCCCUUUGGACAAGGACUUGAGUAAUUGGAAGAACCCUGAAUCCCAAGCAGAAGUACCACCGUCGGCAUCAUUACCUUCACCUGCGAUUACUAUUAAACAAGAAGAGCCUAUUGUCGUUGUAGCUAAUUCAAUGGAAGAUAAAUCUAGGUUUACAAUUGGAUUUGAAGUAGAUGAUAACAACAAAGAUUGA